UAUAUGUGUAUGCCUGAUAGUACUACCAAAUAUAUUUUUUUGAUAUCUUUCCUAUUCAAACGUAACAAUGUGUGGAAUAUUUUGCUCAGUCGGGAACAAUGUUCCUUUAAACUCCUUCAAUAUUCCGAGCGCUCUGAAAGUAAUUCUGAAAAAUCGUGGUCCUGAUGUGCAAGACGAGGUGGUUAUAGAUUAUGGUUUUGGAAAAAUUUUAUUUGCGGGCUUCGUAUUAUGGCAACAAGGGGAAAGUGUGCAAAAGCAACCAGUGGUGGAGGACGAUUUUAUAUUUCUUUUCAAUGGAGACAUUUACAAUACAUCAAAGCCUGAAUAUAUGUCUGACACGUCUUGGAUAGCGGAAAGACUAGCUGAAUGCCGUUGUGAAGAACAAAAUAUUUUGAAGACACUUAAGCGAUUGGAGGGACCACAUUGUUUAAUAAUUUAUGACAAACGAGAACAAAUCCUUUACUUUAGUCGCGACGCACUUGGAAGAAAUUCACUAUUAAUUGAACGCACACGUAAUGGCUUUCAAUUAUUGAGCACAUCACAUAUUGAAGAUAAAAAAAUUUCACUGGAAUUGCCCCCUUUGGGUCUUUUUCGAGUUAAACUAAAUGAUCUGAAUUCAUGCGUAUUGUAUCCAUGGCAGCCCCUCAAUGAUUAUUCUGCUCAGCUUUUACGCAAUCUUGAUCUUGCGAUUGGGUGGAAAACUGCAGUAGAGAGUCCAAUGUCGCCAGAUUGGAUAUUAAAUUGCAACCCCGCAUUUAGUUAUAACUUCUAUGACUUUCAAUACAUCAAAAAUGACGUAAACCUUUUUAAAAACUUAAUAGAUCAGCCAGAAAUUAAGGAUACUCUUUCUAUAAUCCAUACACUGCUAUCCGAUUCGAUAAAAAAUCGUGUUAGAAACAUGGCUCCAUUUUGCAGACUCUGCAUGCCAAAAUUAAAUAUAUCGCCUCCAUGCAGACACGCAAAAUUGUGUAUUUUAUUUUCGGGUGGCCUUGACUGUACAAUUUUGGCCUUGCUGGCCAACCAAUUCGUACCAGUAAAUGAACCCAUCGAACUUAUCAAUGUUGCUUUCGAAAGCGUUAAGGGCCAAAAUAUAUCGGAGAAGCUAUGGGAUGUACCAGAUAGAAAAACGUCAUUAGUAUCUGUCAAUGAACUAAAACAGCUUUGUCCGGAGAGGUGCUGGGAUCUACUGGAAGUGAAUGUAACAAGACUUGAAUUGCAGCAGCACCUAAUAUCACGUAUAAAGCAUCUGAUAUAUCCGCUAAAUACGGUAUUAGAUGAGAGCCUUGGAUGUGCCUUCUGGUUUGCUUCGCAUUGCACUCACUCUACUGCUAGAGUCGCCCUUAUCGGAAGUGGGGCAGAUGAACUAUUUGGUGGGUAUACCCGCUAUCGCAAUAGUUUUAAGCGUUGUCUGGGCAACGAUCUGGAGCACCAACUUGCUGUGCAAAACGAACUUGAAAGGGACUGGCAACGUAUUUCGGCCCGUAAUUUAUCCAGAGACGACCGCAUUAUUGCAGAUACUGGUAAAACAGCAAGAUCUCCAUUCAUCGAAGAGAACUUUGUAAAAUUUAUAAGAUCGUUAGAAGUGUAUCAAAAAUGUUGCUUUGGUUUCCCCGAAGGAGUCGGCGAUAAAUUACUUCUGAGACUGUAUGGCUAUCAAAUCGGUUUGCGAGAUGUUGUGUUCCUAAAGAAAAGGGCUAUUCAAUUUGGGUCCCGGAUUGCAAACAAAAAACAAAAUGGCGCUCAUCAAUCUGAUUAUCUUUAACUUAAGCUUGUAAACGAUUCAUCUUUUCAGUCAAUAAAAAGUUUAACCGAUUCCACAA